GUACGGGAAGGAAUUGUACCGUUUUAAGAGUCUGCCUCGGUGUAAUGUUUCUACUCGUUUUGGGUUUGCCGCGGUUCUGCUCUGAAAAACAACGUUGCACAUGCUUAGGGGGCUUUCGGGAAGGGAGCAUUCGCAUGACACCGGUGAAAGAGAAGAAAGGAGUGCGGGGGGAAAAGAAGAAAAAGAGAUUGCCCAUAUGGUGUCCUUAUUAGCUGUGGCCUCUGCCUGCGGAUUUGCGAUGCUUCAAAGACUUCACAGAAAACAAGUGUAGCGAGAGGAAGUGAUCUAGAACUGAAGUUAACAGGAAAGGGUUGGGCUGUUUUUUGUUUGUUUUGUUUUUUUGUUUUGCUUUUUUCCCAAAUGGAGUCUGAACGUGAGCAUUACUGCAGAGAAGGAAAGCUUCAUUAUGGCCUAUGAGAGUCCGCUGCUUCAGUGAGCCAAUGAUGCUGGCCAUCGGUCUGCCAAGAUAGUCGUUUGGAUAUUUUUGUCCAUGAUUGAGAAGACUGAACAACACGCUGACAACACAGUCUGUGUCUCAUGCGGUUUUUAAAGAUAUCUACUUCACUUUGAACCCAGUUGUUUGUUUAAUUUCUUUUUUUUUCUCAACAUUUAUUUCUAAUUGUGUCAUUGGAAUUUAGACUCACUGGUAAGAGGGUACCCUGAGCCCCAGGUGAGCUGGUACCGGAAUGGGAAGCUGGUGGUUUGUGGGGACCGCUACUCCAUGGAGCAGAGCGCUCGAGGGGCCUUCUGCCUGGUGGUGCGGGGUGUGCAGGAGGAGGACGGAGGCCGCUACACCUGCGAGGCCACCAAUGAUGCGGGGAGCCGCCAGGUUACCGUGGAGAUCACUGUCGAAGGGAGGCCUGGGAAAAAAUACGACCUUCCAUCAUCCAUUAGAACAUCUGGGGGGCGGCUGGGAGUGCCUUCGGUGGAGAACAGGCCCAGUAUCUGGGGGGAGAGCCCCCCGAAGUUUGUGACCAAACCCUCACGGCUUUUCCUGAGGCCGGGACAGACCGGCAAAUUCUCAGCCAAGAUCACAGGGCGCCCACAGCCCCAAGUCUUGUGGCUCAGGGGGGAGGCGGAGCUACAGUCCGAGGCUCGCCUCAGCAUGUUCGAAAAAUCGGCGAUUCACUUCCUGGAGAUCCGCGACGCUCAAACGGAAGACGCCGGAAUGUACACCUGCUCCGUGGUCAACAGCGCCGGAAAGGCCACGGCAACAGCAGAGCUCAUCAUUCAGGGUUCAGCUUCUGAAUCAAGCAUCCAACGCGGCGUAAAUCUGCCGGUUGCAGUCGCCCCUCUCCCGGAGACGCGGGAACCUCUUACCGUCGCGAGCGUGAGCAACGGCCUGCUAACUGAGAAGAACCCCGCCGCGACGAGGGCGAGGCCGGACGCCGCGGCCGGGAAGGUGGCCAGUGAGACGGGGGCGCGCGACGCGGAGCCGGCGAGGACAUCGGCGGCCGCGACGCCGCCGGCCCCCUCCCCCGCAGCGGAGGAGCACCGGGGGGCCGCGCCCAAACUGCGGGCCACCAGCUCCAUCACCCUGCAGGCCCCCAGGGUCCCACCCCCCAGCUGGGCCAGGGGGAGGGGGACUGGGGUGGGGGCCGCGGAGGACACGCCCGCCGACAGGGCCGCCCAUACGCCCGUGGCGUCGACCUUGCCCGCCGGGGCGGUCAAGCGGUUCGGGAGAGAGAGCCGGUUAGAGUCGACGGGGUCCGCCCCAAAGUUAGACGUCCAGCCAAAGAGCCGGGAUGUUGAGGAGGGGGAAGACAUUGUGUUUGAAUGCCAAGUUUCAGGCUCCCCGGCCCCUACGGUCAGCUGGACUAAAGAUGGGCGGAGCCUGAGAGCGGGGGCGGGGCUUCAGAUGCAGCAGCGGGGAAACGCCCACCUCCUGUGCCUGGAGAGAGUGCGGAAGGAGCAGGGCGGGGUUUACGGAUGCACGGCCGCCAACAGCAGGGGGACGGCGUGCGCCACCUGGUCCCUCAGCGUCAGGAGCCCGAAGCAGGAGGGCCAGGCCCCGGUGUUCAGCAGCGUGCUGAAGGACUGCUCAGUGAGCGAAGGCCAGGACUUCAUUCUGCAGUGCUCAGUGGAGGCAGAGCCCCUGCCACAGAUCGACUGGCUCUUAAAUGACAAACCCGUCCCGUACACGCACGCCUCGUUCGAGGGGGGCGUGGCGAAGCUGACGGUUGUGGACGCGCUGCCGGAGGACGACGGCUCGUACACGUGCGUGGCUCAGAACGGCCUCGGCACGGCGGCGUGCACGGCCCGCGUGAGCAUUAAAGAAAAGCAGAGGGCUGAGAGGAGCGAGCCCAACGCAGGCCUCGGGGCGGGGAGCAGGCCCUCGCCCCCGGCGUUUCUCAGGCUCCUGAAGGAUUUGAGAGUCAUGGACGGGAGCCAAGUCAGCAUGACCGUGGAGGUGACCGGCAAUCCCCAGCCAGAGAUUGUGUGGUUGCACAAUGGCAAAGAAAUCCAGGAGUCGGAGGACUUCCAUUUUGAGCAGAAGGGGGGCGAGUGCAGCCUGCUCAUCCAGGAGGUUUUCCCAGAGGACACUGGGAAGUACACCUGCGAGGUGUGGAAUGAAGCUGGGGCGGCUCGCUCCGAGGCUACGCUAACGGUUCAAGAACCUCAGGAAGGGGUCCAGCCCUGGUUCAUCAGCAAGCCCAAGCCUGUGACGGCCAGCCUUGGCCAACCUGUCCUGCUGUCCUGUGCCAUCGCGGGGGACCCCUUCCCAGAAUUCCUCUGGCUGAAGGGGGGCCAGGCGCUGUCCUCCGGGGAGGACAUGGAGAUUCUGCAGAAGGAGGACGUGGUCUCCUUGCUCAUCCGGAGAGUGAAGGCUCACCACGCGGGAGACUACGAGAUCAAACUGAAGAACACAGUGGGAGACUGCAGCUGUGUGGCCUCUCUGCUGGUCAGCGAGCGGAAUCCGCCAUCCGGCACAGAGCUUUGCUCCACAGAGCCCGGUCAGAUUUCGGAGGGAGCGGACGGGACAGCGCGGGACAGAGGAGCGUCCAGCGAGCGGAUCAGCAGCAGCAGCAGCAGCAGCUGGAGCAGGAGCAGCAGCAGCUGGAGCAGCGGCGGCGGCGGCAGCAACGCAGAGGAGCCGGCCGGCACCCGCGGGCCGCUGAAGAGGCGGGCGGAGACCCGGGAGCACGGCGAGGACCAGGUGCGGCAGCGGCAGGGCGAGCAGAAGGACUUCCGCAGCCUGCUGGCCCGGAGGGUGGCCACCAAGAGCGUCUCGGAGGAGGACCUGAAGGAGACGGGCGCCGAGCAGAUGGACUUCAGGGCCGUCCUGGGGAAGAGGGGGGGGGCGGCGGCGCCCCCACCGCCGACGAAGAGCGCCCGCGAGCCCGCCCGGGCGCCGCCGACCGACUUCAGGGCGGUGCUGGGCAACAAGAAGAAGGCGCCGGCCCCCGAGAACAACGGCGAGGGCCCCGGCCCCAAGACGGUGGCGCCGGUGGGGGAGGAGGAGAACGAGGAAGGACGGAAGAACGAGGUCAACUGCGUGGACGGCGGUGGGAUUAUCGAUAAGAAGAGCAACAACAUCGGGAAGGCGCCCGCGUUCGCCCAGAAGCUGAGCGACGAGACGGUGCUGGACGGGGAGCGCCUGCGCCUGCAGUGCCAGGUCACCGGCGACCCGCCGCCCGCCGUCACCUGGACGCUGGACGGGAAAGUCAUCAAGCCGUCCAAGUUCAUCGUCCUGUCCAACGAAGGAGGCAAGUGCACGCUGACCAUCGACAAAGCCCUGCCGGAGGACGAGGGCCUGUACAAGUGCCGGGCAGAGAACGCGGCGGGGGCGGCCGAAUGCUCCUGCAUGGUCCUGGUGGACGACCCUACGGACGCCAGCUUGACACCGGCCGACAAGAAGACCAAGAAACCCUCGGCCCCUACCACAGAGAAUGAAGCAAGAAUAAAGAAGCCGUCACCAAAGACUGCUCCUAAACAAGUCGUUCCUCCUCAGAUAAUCCAGUUUCCUGAUGACAUGAAGAUCCUGGCGGGAGAGAAGGUUGAAAUCCUCUGCAAGUUUGGGGGAGCACUGCCCAUCACCUGCACCUGGCUGAAGUUCAGGAAACCGAUCCAGAAUGGGCAGAGCAAUGUAUCCAUCGACACCACAGAUUCGUCGAGUAGACUGACCAUCUCACCGACCACACAGGAUGACUGCGGAUGCUACACUGUGGAGCUAAAUAACAAGUUUGGCACCAGACAGGCUGCCCUCAACCUCACCAUUGUAGACAAGCCUGACCCCCCCGCCCGCGUGCCCGCCGCCUCGGACAUCCGCCGAUCCGCCCUCACGCUGUCCUGGUACGGCCCCACCUACGACGGGGGAAGCGCGGUCAAGUCUUACAACCUGGAGAUCUGGAACUCCGUGGACAAGGAGUGGAAGGACCUGAUCUCCUGCAACAGCACCUCCUACAAUGUGGAGAACCUGCUGCCCGACCGGGACUACAAGUUCCGGGUACGAGCCGUGAACAUGUACGGGAUCGGCGAGCCCAGCGCGGAGUCUGAUCCAGUCCGAGUCGGGCAGGAAGAAGAAAAAGAAGAGGGUGAGCUCCCCCUAGAGGAAGCUGAGGCAACUGAUGAUGAGAAAGAACCGGAUUACAGAGAUGUGGAAAUCAAAAAGGAACAAAAAGUCAAGGACCUCUAUGAUGUGGAGGAAAGGCUGGGGACGGGGAAAUUCGGACAAGUGUUUAAACUUGUGGAGAAAUCGACUAAAAAAGUCUGGGCCGGAAAAUUCAUCAAAGCCUAUUCCGCAAAAGAGAAAGAAAACGUGAGACAAGAAAUUAGCAUCAUGAACCGCCUGCACCAUCCCAAGCUUGUCCAGUGCAUAGAUGCUUUCGAAGGCAAGUCGGACAUUGUCAUGGUUCUGGAAAUGAUCUCUGGGGGAGAGCUGUUUGAGAGGAUCAUCGAUGAGGACUUUGAGCUCACGGAGCGGGAGGUCAUCAAGUACAUGCUGCAGAUUGUUGAUGGGGUGCAGUUCAUCCACAAGCAGGGCAUCGUCCACUUGGACCUGAAGCCCGAGAACAUUAUGUGCAUCAACAAGACCGGGAGCAAGAUCAAACUCAUUGACUUUGGCCUUGCACGCCGACUAGAAACCUCUGGAUCCCUGAAGGUUCUGUUUGGAACGCCAGAGUUUGUGGCCCCAGAAGUAAUCAAUUACGAAGCAAUCAGUUACCCAACAGACAUGUGGAGUAUAGGAGUCAUCUGCUACAUUCUGGUCAGCGGGCUUUCUCCGUUCAUGGGGGACAACGACAACGAGACGCUGUCCAACGUCACCUCCGCCACCUGGGACUUCGAGGACGAGGCCUUCGACGAGAUCUCGGACGAGGCCAAAGACUUCAUCAGCAACCUGUUGAAGAAAGACAUGAGGUCCCGGCUCACCUGCGCUCAGUGCUUCCAGCACCCCUGGCUGAAACAGGACACAAAGAACAUGGAGGCCAAGAAGCUGUCCAAGGAGAGGAUGAAGAAAUACAUCCUGAGGAGGAAGUGGCAGAAAACGGGGAACGCGGUGCGAGCCAUCGGCCGGCUGUCCUCCAUGGCGAUGCUGGCUGGCGUCAGCGCGAAGAAGGGAGGAUCUCCGACUGGUAACCCCAGUGAAGAUGACUUGAGCAACCAGUUGCUGGAGACCCAUGAGGACGAGGACAGGCCCCAGGCGAAGCCUUCAUUCAGCAAAGUUAUCAAGGAUGUGGAGGUGGUGGAGGGCAGCGCCGCCAGAUUCGACUGCAAGAUCGAGGGCUACCCCGACCCAGAGGUGGUGUGGUACAAAGACGACCAGCCCAUCAAGGAGACGCGGCACUUCCAGAUCGACUACGACGAGGACGGCAACUGCUCCCUGGUCAUUUCCGAGGUGUCCGGGGACGACGACGCCAAGUACACCUGCAAGGCUCUCAACAGCCUGGGCGAAGCCACCUGCGUGGCUGAACUCAUUGUGGAGGUCAUGGCGGAGGAAGAGGAGGAGGAGGAGGAGGAGGAAGAGGAGUGAGUGGUACAAGAGGAACAGUCUCCUGUCGAACUUUACUCUUAAUAGCUGCUUUUUGUGAGGCACCCACUCUCUAUCGGACUGAGCAACGGGGGAACAUCGUGCUUGGAUCACCACUCGCUACGUUUGGGCACUUUCUUUCUUUCUUAAGUGUAACAACAGAAAUCAGAUGUUGAUAUUUAUACCUGCGACACCAUUGACAUUCCAGCCGAGAUUUUCUUUUCUUUUCUAGUGAUUUUCGAGUGAUUCUGAACCGCAUGCUGUCGAUGAGAUCUGUUGAACAAAACAAGCCAAAAAGUCUGCUCACGUGUUUUAUUAUCAACAUUAUGAUCUUUGAUAUUACCAGUCCUUUUUUUU